CAAUACGAAUUUUUUAUAUGACAGCGGGAUGGAUGUGCAUUACAAAACCUAUGCUAGUCGGAGUAAUCGAGAUAUUAGGUUUGACCAACUUCUUCGCACCAAGCCGCUGUCCACAUGUACUGCCUCUUCAACUGCAUUUUCAAAAUCAAGCGUAACUGUUAGCUCCAGAAAGAAAGUUAAUGUAGUGUCUUUUGUUCCUACUGGUGAGGGACAAGAACUAAUAACCAGGUCUCCGGAAAAGAUUGUUUCAGACAAUGUAGAUGGCUCUGUUUGUUCAGGAACCAUACAGACCAGUGUUUCGUCACAGUCGUACACAUUGCAUUCCACCUCAGACUUGACUCCUACUAGUUCUCCAAUUUUGUCGUAUUCCUUUGCAUAUAAAGAAUAUUCUGAUUAUUCUGCAAUUACUUCUGUGGCGGAUACCUCUCGUAAUCCCUCUUCUAAUCACAAGUUCAACCGAAGUCCUAUUCGCUAUACAAAUUCCGUGUAUGAACAACAUCCUUGUACACUGUCAUCUCAAGCUACAACUUUACAUUGUAUCACGUCCAACUCUCAGUCAGGUGUUACAAGUUAUCGAAGUCUAUCUGGAGCAACUGCUACAAAAGUGACAGGUCAACCAGUGAUUCAAAGAGUGGACAAAAGUCAAAUAAACCCGGUGGUAACUAUAUCAAACAGUCAAUUAAAGACGUACAGUUGUAAUAAUACUGCAAAAAGUAUUCAUGACCGUAUUCUUCCUAAUCCAUGUUCUGUCUCAACAUCAGAUUCAAUGGAUCCUUUGGCUAUAAAUGUUGCCAAGCCAACUGGACGUCCCAUUCUAACGGGUAAAAACAAAAGAGCUGCUUACAAUCCACGUUCUUGGCAAAAAGAUAUUGAAACAGAAGACACCUCGCCAACUAAAUUGCAAAAAUUGAUUGAACCAUUCCCAGGUUCACAAAGCACAACAACAAUAACAACAACAACUGCUACUACUGCAGUUAAUUCUACUCAUUCCUCAACAAAUAAUAAUAAUAACAGAGCCUCAUCAUUCUUGACUGCUCAAAAACCUAAUAAUCGACAAACUUGUCUAACUGAUAAUAACAAAAAAUCUAGUACAAAUAAAUCUGAUAAUUAUGCAUUCCAUGACUUUGAUGAAGAGGAAGAAGAAGACGAAGAUGUUGAUAAAUUUAAAAAAGCUUUUAAUCCUUCACGUCCUCUUUCACAGUCAUAUUUACCUUCAGUGAUGAAAAGUAGUCAUCAUUCACUGAAAUCAUCUAGUAAUCAUCAUCAUCAAUCAUCAGAUGAACAAGAUGGUGAUGAUGGCGAUGAGGAUAUUGAAGACGACGAUGUGAAACCAUGGUUCCGUCCAGCUUCUCGUGAAAAAACUUCUAUCAAAUCAAUGGACAAACUGUCCAUUAAUUCAACAAAGAAUAUGAAAGUUAACCGGUCAGAAAAACCUUUAUAUACUGUACUACGCAAAGUGAAAGAAGCACAUGUUUGUCAAGAACAAGGUGAAGCUCAACAUUUACUCGACGAUGUUGAAUAUUUAGUCGAUGGUUUAGCCGAUCGUAAUCAAGUCAAUACUCGUGCACUAAGUGUACUCACACUAGCCAAUAAGUGUUUAGCAGCAUCUUUCCGUUAUACACUUAAUGCUCAUGGUCUACUAAAGCGUAUUUGUGCAAAAUUACACGAUGCCCAUAAAGAUUAUGCACUGGCACUUACCUCCGCAGGAUUAAUGUUUGUUUUAUCUCGAGAUCGUGAUCCGAAUAUCUUAGAUGUUGAAUCUCUUGCUAUUGUGCUGAAAUUAUUCUCUGCACCUGAUGCAAAUACAAACGGUACAACUGGUCACACUGAAGCCAGUAAGAGUAAAGAAGCUGAACGUGUACGUGCACGAGUUCGACAAUUACUGGACGGUUUACACCAGAACAGCAAUAGUAAUAGUAAUAAUAAUCAUCAUAAUAAUAAUUCAAAGAAUUUAUCAUCAAUUACCUCAAAUACGCUUACAGAUACUGGGAAUAAUUCUAAUUCUAGUGGUGGUGGUGGCGGUAUUUCAUCCAACCUUGCCUUGUUCUCUGGUGGUGGUGGUGGUGCUGGAAAGCGACCGCUAUUACCACUUGGAUCUAAACCUUCAAUGAAUUUGAAUUUAAACACUAGACAUUUACAGAUGACGCGUCAAUUGACAACAUCAGAUUUAGUUAUUGAAUCUAUCCUCAAUUUCGGUACACGUAAAGCUGGUGAUUGGUUCAAAGCAGAACUACGUAAUGGUGGUGGAUUAGAUCGAGUAGCAGACGCCGCUUCAGAUGCUGUAGAUUAUUUAGCCGAUUUAGAUCCAGCCAAUAAAUCUCAACGCGUAAAGCCAAUGUGGCGUUCAACGACAGGGAUUGACAAUUUUGCUUUGGAUAGGCUUAAACGAGUUUGUCAUUAUACUAGGCUACUAGAAAAUAUGACUUAUAUGAACUCUGACAAUCAAACGUAUUUAGUACAUUAUCGUGAUGGAAUUCUUGUGAAUCGUUUAUUAAUAUGUUUACGUGUAUGUGUCUGUCAUCUACCAAUAACGACACCGCCAUCAUCAUCAACAGUAGCACCAUCAGCGAAUCAACAAACUCCUAAUACCACUACUACAACUGGUGAAAAAUCUACUGUAAAUAGUAUAAAAUCUUUGUCAAAUACAUCACAAACACCUCAAUACGAUAAUCAGACUAUUUUAACUGAUUGCAUUUUGGGUAUAUUUCGAUUUCUAGUAAAUGUUUCACAUAACGAAUUUGCUAGUGAACGACUAGGCGCUUGUACAGGCUUUCUAGAAACAAUAUUCGAUUGUCUACUUAAACUACCAGAUCGUUUACCGGCAACAAAACGAUUUGAUGUACUUGUUCUACUUCUCUGCUUAUUGGUAAAUAUGUGUGAACAUUGUCCUGAAAAUCGUACACGUAUAGUCUAUCUGGAUAUUACAAAAUCUUGUGUUAAAAAGUCGAAUUCCUCACCGGCGCCACCGCCAUCAUCUUCCUCGUCAGUAUCAUCAAAUCAAAAGACUGUUGGUAAAUACAUUGAUACAUACGAUGAUGAAGAAGAGGACGAAGAAGAACCAGAAGACGGUGAACAACGUCAGGUUGUCACUUCAACAGCUCUCGAUGAAUUAAUACAGCUAUUUCUAACACGUGAAGAAUGUGCACGUAAUCAUGAUUUUGAACGAGAUGAUGAUGAAGCUGUAGCCGCAGAAGCUCGUCGACGUACAGCUGAAGAAUCUAAAAUUACUGAUGGAGAUGUUGUUGACAAUAAACAAUUAGCACUACGUCCUGGUCAUCCUAAUCCAACUGUUGAAGAAGCUGGUCUAAAAUGGCGUCUAAUUGAAGAUCGAAGAGCUCUUGGUUUAAAUAAUCGGGGAUUUUUAGGAAAAAGUCGAAGACGAAUGUUUCAUAAAAAGAAGUCUAGAAGUCUUAAAAAUAAGAAACGACAUAGUGCCAGUGAUAUUGACGAUGAUGACGAAGAAGAUGAGGAUUUCGAUGAGAUCGAUGACAAUAGUGAAGAAGAAGAAGAAGACGAUGAUGAACUGGAUGAUGAUAGCGAUGAAGAUGACGAUGAUGAUGACGAAAGUGUUGGCAGUGGUGCCGACGUUGAAUUUGUUGCUGAUACACAAGAAGAACAAGAGAAGCUAGCUAAAAGUAUGUCACAAGCUCAACAGCAUAUGGAAGACUCUGUUGUCGCUGCAUAUGCCGCUCUCCUACUUGGUUGUAUCCUACAAUCAAGUCCACGUUAUACAGAUCGUAUCAGAUCGAAGCUACCAAAUGGUCAAUUUCGUCCAUUGGCCAUAAUGUUAGCCAAACUACUCAGUUUCUUAUCAUUGACAAAAGGUGUCGGUUCCUCAGGAUCUGAAUCAAUUCUACGCAUUGUACGUAUACUAGAAGCUCAGGAUAAUAAUAAUGCUGCUGCUAAUAAUAAAUCAGACCUUGUAAAAGUGUCAACAUCGAAUGGUGUCGUAUAGAGAGAAGGCGAACACUUGAUGAUGGUGAUGAUGAUGAUGAUGCUUGAACCUCUGUGUAACUCUUUUUUCUAAUUUGUUUUGUGUGUGUGUGUGUGGGCGUGUACGUUGUCGUUCGAUUUGGUUGUUGUAUUUCUAAAUUUUGUUGUUCAAUCUUUAUUUAUAUAUGAACACAUAAUAUGUAUGUAUGUUGUUUAUCCCAUUAACCAACCAAUCAGUAGAGUUACGUAGGUAGGUAUGUGUGUGAAUAUUGUAUGUAUGCACGCACACAUACACACACAAACACUUGUAGAACCCUUAUAGAUUUAUUGCACAUAGCUUCCUUUACCCUGUCCUCCUCUUCGAUCCGAUCACACACCACGUCCCCGCCUUCUUCUUCUUCAACUGUUUCUAUUGUAUUCUCUUUGUGUUCUUUUUGUAUCAAGAUUUUCAUUCCAUAAUGGUUUUACCCUCUUUUUCCCGUUUAUAUAUACAUACUAGUAGGGCCUGGCGCGCGUGCAUACACUCACACGCAGAUGAGUAGCAG